AUAUGAAAAAGACGAAAAGAACGUAACAAACGUACAAGAUAAUGUAUCGAUGUGUAAAUUGUGGAGCUAAAGUGGAAGAACUUUACAGGAGAUACUGUCCGAGCGUUCUCAAACUUUUAAAAUGUAUUUAGACGGAGUGGAUAGGAAGUGAAGAAAAGAACCGAAACGAUUGUGCUUUGAUGCAGACGAACAUAUUGAUGCUCAAGUGAUAACAAGAAUAGAACUUGUCGAACUUUUGAUCAGUUUAAUUAAAGACAACUUAUUCAAAGUACAUGAUGUCAUCUUCUUCUGGUGCUAACAUAAGCAUAGCAGAUCGGUUAGAAAUUUUAUCAAAAUUAGAAGAUGGCAUGACAGUGAGUGGCAUCGCCUGUGAAUACGGGCUAAGUAAAAGGACUAUACGACGAUACCGGCAGAAUUCAAAAGAGAUUCGCAACUUCGCGGCAAAUCCAAAGCACCGGGAGAUGAAGAGGCAACGGAAAUCAACAUACACAGAUAUGGAGACCAAAUUGUACAAUUGGUUUCUGCAAAGGAAGUUAUUAGGAGACUGUUUAACAGAUAAUAUCUUAAUUAAAAAAGCCAAAGAGAUGGAGACAGAGUUUGCUGGCACGUCGAAUUUUAAAGGAAGCCGGGGCUGGCUUUGGAACUGGAAGAAGAAGUAUGAUAUUGAUAAGAAAACGACGGAUCCAAACGAAAUCGCCGCGAAUAAUUUUAUACGUGAAUUUUUGCAAACGUUAGUAAAGGAAAAUAUAAACGAAGAGGAUGUAUAUAAUAUGGACGAGACUAGUUUACUUUGGAGGGCACUUCCGUGGAAGACUUUAGCCCACGAAGAGAAAUGUUUGAUUAUUAAAGGAGAAAACGGAAAGACAGACAUAGUGACUGUCGCAUUUUGCGCAAAUACCAGCGGUACACAUAAAUUGCCGUUACUCUUUGUAAAUAAAUUUGCUAAUCCUCGAGCAUUGAAACAUUGCAAGGAUACACUAUCGGUGGUAUAUAAAAGUCACCCUAAUGCUUGGAUUAACGAAGAUAUAUUUCGAGAAUGGUACAAUAAUCAUUUUAAACAAUGUGUAAAAGAACGCCAGUUACAGGAACAACGUGAAGGAAAAGUAAUAUUGCUCGUUGAUAAUUUCAAGGCCCAUAAACUUGAAAAAGACGAACUGGACGAUGGGCAUUUUGUGUUAAUGUUUUUACCACCGAAUACUUCUUCGAUGAUUCAACCUAUGGAUCGAGGUGUAAUUGCCGAAUGUAAAAAACUAUUUCGGCAUAAACUGUUUCAUCAGGUACUUCAAGUACUGCAAUAUGAUGACGGUCUUACACAAUUUUAUGCUGAUUACGAUAUUAAAGAUUGCAUCAACUUCAUUAGUGAAGCAUGGAAUGAUGUUACAUUGCAAACCAUACGUAACUCAUGGGCGAAAAUUCUUAACCGCCAGAUUGAACUUAAUGAUCUUAAAAUAGAGAAUCCUAUAGACUCUGAUGAAAAGAAUGCGGAACAAUCGUUCAAUGUAAUGUCUGCCGAAGAAAUAACAGAAUGGAUUUCCAGAUGCGAACAAGUUGAAAUAAUUCUCGAAGAAACAGCAAUUGAAGGAGAAAAUAAAUCACCAUCUCCCCCUCUCAUAGGGGGCGAAGAAAUAGAUCAUCUACUGUAUAAUUUAAAAACAUUGAGUAAAAUCGAGCCAGAAAUUGAGGCCGACGCAAAAAGAAUAAUAGAUUGUUUUAAUAAAACUGAAGAAAGAUAAUAUUGUUUCUGUUAUAGAUGUAACCGUUAUUUUUACAGAAGUACUGUAUCAUUUAAAUCAUAUAUAAUAUACGCCAUAUUGUCAAGAUUAUUUCUAUACAGCUAUUGUUACAUACCCUUAUUCAGAGCUUCCAAAUUUCUAUAUUCUUUUAUUACGAUAAUUAAAUAUUUAAUAUUUAUACAAUAUCAAAUAUAUGUAUUAUAUUGUAAUAUAAUAUGCCAUUAUACGUUAUUUAAAAUAACAAACGAUAUAAAUUAUCGCUUAUUCCUUCUGUAAUAUUCGUUGCACUUCUAUCUUUCUUUUUUUGUAUUUUGUUAUUACCUUUGUAAUAAAACGUUUAUAAUAAAAUUAUAUAAAAAUUUUUUUUAUUUUUACUUCUAUUUACGUAUGUAAAUAUCUAAAUAUGGAUAUGAGCUGAUUCUUAUACAAAAUUAAAUAUAUUUUAUUUACAUUUCAAAAGUCAAGUUUUUGGAACUUUAUACUGUAAAAUAUCUUUUACCACAAAAGAAAUGAAUCCUCCUUUGAUUAAUAAUAUCUAAUCGAUUUUUAUUCAUUUCAGGAAACGUGUGAUCUCUUGGCAGAUAAAUACAUUGAGUACGAUCCAGCAAUAAUUUUAGUUGACUUAAUAUUGCU